GUUCCCAUCAGGCAGAGUGCGGUGGACAGCAUCAUUGCCUACUACUAUGAAUCGCCCUCGGUUUUCCAGGUCAGCUUUUCCUACCAUGUCUGCGGUGACCUCACGAUGACCCUCACGUGCCUUCAGAAGAUCUAUAGCGUCCUCAAUCAUAAGGCCCGCCUCGAGCGUGCCAAUGGAGGUGUGGAGGAGUUCUGCAAACUCUAUGAGGAGAACUUCAAGCAUGCGAGCGAGAAUGAGAGGGUCAGUGAUAGCUUCGUUGACACGGCCCUGACCAUGGGAAAACGCGUCCUGAAGGAUGAGAAAAUGGCGGCUUUGUUGCUCAAAGCGGAUGAGCAUCCCAAGGGCAGCCCGUUUGAUCACUACACGAAAAUGCAGCUUCUGAUUCAGAAGGGCAAGUCGGAAGAAGGGAUCCGUUGGGCCUUCUCGUCAGUGUGGGAUGGCUACUUGAACAAGUGGCUUGGGAACGAGUUCCUGUCUCAGCGAGCCCUGAAAGGUGACAGUUUUCCAGGAGGGACCGGAGCCUUAUUGGUUGGAACACUGGAGAUGAAGAAGAUGCUGCUAACGAGCUCCAUCGGGUUGCUAGGCUGUGCUUACUAUUAA